GAGCCCCCACGGCGCCUGCGUCAGCGCCGCCGCCCGGGAGCGGGCAGCGCAGCGCCCGGCGACGCGGUGCAUUGUGGGUGGAGGGGGUCCCGGCGGCCGCCAUGGCGCCGCGGGCGGUGCUGCUGGUGCUGGCGGCGGGCUGCGCCGUGCUGGGCGCCGCCGAGUUCAGCCCGUCCCUGGACAGCGACUUCACCUUCACGCUCCCCGCCGGCCGCAGGGAGUGCUUCUACCAGCCCAUGCGCAAGGAGGCCUCGCUGGAGCUCGAGUACCAGGUCCUAGAUGGAGCAGGAUUAGAUGUUGAUUUUCAUCUACUCUCCCCAAAAGGUGAAACUUUAGUUUUUGAUGAAAGAAAAUCAGAUGGAGUUCAUACGGUGGAAACAGAAGAUGGGGAUUAUAUGUUCUGCUUUGACAACACAUUCAGUACCAUUUCUGAAAAGGUGAUUUUCUUUGAACUGAUCCUGGACAAUAUGGGAGAAGAAGGUCAAGAUCAAGAGGACUGGAAGAAGUAUGUUACAGGCACAGAUCUUCUAGAUAUGAAACUGGAAGACAUUCUGGUUCACCCCUGCUGGUGUUCUGAUGACAUCUGGAAGAGCAAUAGUGAACCAUCGUUAGGGCUGCUGAGCAUGGUGCUACUGCUGAAGUACAUGGAGAGAAGUAGAUGCUAUAUGUUACUGGUGUGGCAGAGAUACUGCACAUUAUGUCCCAAGGCCCCAAGCAACUGCAGGCAACACUUCACAGAGACCCCAAGAAAAUGAAUCCAUCAACAGUGUCAAAGCCAGAUUAAGCAAAAGUGUACAGAUUCAGACCCUGCUCAGAGCAUUUGAAGCUCGCGACCGAAAUAUACAAGAAAGCAACUUUGACAGAGUGAAUUUCUGGUCCAUGGUCAACUUGGGAGUAAUGGUGGUGGUAUCAGCUGUUCAGGUUUACAUGCUGAAAAAUCUCUUUGAAGAUAAGAGAAAAAGUAGAACUUAAUAUUCAGUAUGGCUAUAACAGUGUAACAGGUGGCAGGGGAAGGAGGGCAAAAACUGCUACAGGAAAGAAAAUAUUUUUCAGAUUCCUUUAAACUUGUAAUAGACACAUCAGGUUUUCAAUUCUUAUGUUUUGGGGUUUUGUUUUUUAUCAUGAACAGAAUGCCUUGCCCCCUGCUCUUCCAUUUUUUGCAACUACUAUUAACAAACAUUUUUUAUGCUUGUAGCAUUUGUUAAUGAUCAUUAAUGACCAGCUUAUGAGCAAGCAGCACAGCAGAAUGCUUGGUGCAUAUGCAAAGUAAUGUUAAUACUGUUUGUUUUUUUUCAAAUUCACAGAACUUAAAAUAGUAAUUCUAGCAAUGGGUUUAUUUGCUGGUGAACAGUGAGUGAAUUUACAUAUGUGCCUAAGCAUUUAUGGGAUUGGGACCCACAGGAUUAGUCUGGUGUUGCUGUCAUUUAUUUUCAAAAUUACAUGUCUUAAGAAGUCCUUAGCUUGUAGUGUACAGCGUCAUGGAGAAACACUGGGCUAACAUUGUGAGAACAGAAAGAAUUUUUUUUAUUUUAAUAUAUAGAUGACUAACAUCAGCACUUUAAAAGAAAAAAAAGCACUGUCUGUGAAAUUGGGGUGAUGUUGAACAGAACUGGAGAAAAUAGAUGCCAUUCCUGUUCAUAAAUCUUGUUUCUGAUAGCUGUACAACCCUAUUUUUCUUUUUGGCUGUUACAUAAGAUUCAAGAAACAAGUGACUAUAGGAUACAGAUCAAAGCGCACACACACAUGGAAGAAUGGUUUGUGAAGGCUAUGCAAUAGUAACCUCAUGUAGUAGGUAGCUUCUCAAGAAGUUCUUUCUCAUGUUAUUCUUUCCCUUUUAUAAGGGGGGGGGUGUAUCCUAGUAUGUGAAAGCAUUACCUUAAAGUUAUUUUUGUAGUCUCAAAAUCACUUUUAUUUACCUAUUUCUUUUAUUAGUUUUUGUCUACUACGUGUCUAUGACUAAUGCAGCAGUUAAGUGACUUACAGGCAUCAAAAACCAAAGCUCUUCAACUAAACUUUCCCCUUUUGCUCACCCUAACCAGUCUUUUAGGUGGGUGAGUACACUCAGAUCACAUAAGCAGCAUUUGUGUAUCUAGCUAUUUAUAUGAAAAGGCAUGAAUUAAGUGAGCUUCAAAUUUUAGGAUCAAAGGAACGUUCCAUAUGACUCAACUAAAGCAAAGCCAUCCUCAAAUCGCUAAUGUGUAAUUUCCAGAUUAAAUGGCUUUUAGCAGCAUAGUAAGAUUAUGAAGAACGUUUGGUUAAAACCCCUGGUGUGUGAGUUAAUUUUUUAAUAAUUCAAACUUAGUCUAUUUUACAAUGUGACAAGUCACAGUAAUUUCCUGUAUGAAUGUGUUAAACUAUUUCAUCACAAAAGUGUCUGAAUGACAGCAUAUGUGUGAAAAGCAAAAUUGCAACUUGGAGAUUUUCUGUGAAUGAAGUUAUUAUAUGGAAAUAAGACAGGGUCACUAUAUGAAUGAAGAAACACUGAUACGGUCUUAGUUACUAGCAAGGGCUACAAUACAUAGAAACAGUGCUUCAACUUCGGAAAGUGGGACCUAGCCAUAGUAUUUCUAAAUAGUUUUUAUAAGCAGAAGUAUUAUUCCUUACAAAACCUGUUAUAGAGGACUGCAAAGUAUGCUGAGCCACUUUUUCCUUCUGCAAAUAUGUGGCUGAGAUAAGAUUGUUUAUCUUCAGGUUCUGCAUGUCUUUUUUUCCACAUGAUGUCCUGAAUGAGAAAGCUUACUCCUGUGAUCAGAACAUAGUCUAGGAAACAUUGAUUCUUUCUGCUGGAAUGGCAAAUAAUAUUUUCAUGUUAUUUCUCCCAUACAUCUCCCAAUAUCAAUAUACUGUGUAGCUACAUCCGGACAUAAGCCGAAGCUCACUGGAAUCAGCUUCCAAAUUUUUGAUCCAGUCCCUUCAGGGCAAGCAAAUCAAGAUUCUUAGGUCUCCGUCCCUUUUGCUAGAAGAAGGAGAUCUCUCUUUGCUUGCAUCACUCAAAAUGUGAUGCUACAAAACAUCUGCAAAAUGCUGGUACAGUUCUGAAGCUGUAACCAAGACAUCUACCUCUUAUACCAAAGCUACUGGAUUCUAGCUGUCAGCUUAGACCUCCAAGAGAUAAACUCUGCCACCUUUUUCAAGGACACCUCAAGGAAUUAGGUUUGCCAACAAUUCUGCUGUGCUUCUCUGACAAAGGUUAUACAUUCACUAGCAAAACAACCGCUCAUCUUUUUUGUCUAGUGUAUUCACUUAAGCUGCUCAUGAAAGGAGACUUCUCUGGUAAGACAAAACUGGACUGCAGCAGUUUCUCACAGACAGACAGAGACACAACAGUCUCUGGUAGAAGGAAAAUAAUGCAACAGUUGUCAGAGGUCAUCUGAAAAAUUGUUUUGUGAUUAAGAGCUCUUGCUAUAUUUUCUCCCCAUUCAAGGCUUACUGUAGAAAACUAAACAGGGAAAAACUGUAACUGUGCUUUGAUAGUGGCAGCUGGAAUGCUUAUCAUAGGUGAAGGAUUUGGCAUUUAAAUUUGCCAUUAAAUAAAAUUUCAUUUGGAUUUUGAAGACUAGAUUGCUUUUGAUUGUAUAAAAUUUACAAAGGACAACGUCAAUCUACAAUUUUUUUCUUAAUGGACUUUUUAUUCAGAAUUAAGUUUUAACACUUGAAAACAUUGAAUAAAAUUAUGCAAUACCCUGAGAUUUUCAAUAAAUGAAGUUUAUUUCAA